AGUGAGCCAAAGUAAAAAGAGCUCACCCAGAAACAUGUCUUUUUUGUUUCUUUGCCUUCUGAGUUUUUGCAAACUCUCCUUUCAACAGUUUCCUCGUGCAUGUACUUCUGCAGAUACCCUUAUCAGGAAGGAAUGUUGCCCAGCUUGGAAUGGAGACGGAUCUUUGUGUGGAGAGCUCUCUGGAAGAGGAUCAUGUCAAGAUGUUUUAAUAACCGAUGUUCCACAUGGCCCUCAGUUUCCCUUCAUGGGGGUGGAUGAUCGUGAAAACUGGCCAACUGUCUUUUACAACAGGACUUGUCAAUGCAACAAAAAUUUCAGGGGUUUCAAUUGUGGAGACUGCAGGUUUGGCUUUUAUGGCACUAAUUGCACAGAACAACGAUUGUCAGUCAGGAAAAAUGUAUUUGAUCUUACAACAGCAGAAAAGAACCAGUUUCUUGCCUAUCUCAAUCUAGCUAAAUAUACCAUCAGUCAGGACUAUCAGAUCGCAACAGGCACAUAUGCCCAGAUGAACAAUGGUUCAAAUCCCAUGUUUAGAGACAUAAGCAUCUAUGACCUGUUUGUUUGGAUGCACUAUUAUACAUCUAGAGAUGCUUUACUGGGUAAGUCCAGUGUUUGGAUGGAUAUUGACUUUGCCCAUGAAGGUCCAGGUUUCCUAACCUGGCAUAGAGCAUUUAUGUUGCUGUGGGAAAAUGAGCUCAGGAAGAUGGCAAAUGAUGACAGCUUUACGAUCCCAUAUUGGGACUGGAGAGACUCAGGAAGCUGUGAUGUUUGUACUGAUGAGUAUAUGGGAGGCCGCCAUUCCACCAACCCCAAUCUCCUCAGUCCUGCAUCCUUCUUUGCUGCAUGGCAGGUAAUUUGCACCAGGCCAGAAGAAUACAAUCGUCGUGAGGUUUUGUGUGAUGGUGUUCCUGAGGGACCCAUUCAACGUAAUCCAGGCAACCAUGAUCGAAAUAGGACCCCAAGGCUUCCAAUCUCAGCAGAAGUGGAAUUUUGUUUAAAUCUGACAGAAUAUGAAGCUCCACCCUUUGAUAAGUUUGCUAAUCUUAGCUUCCGGAAUACUUUGGAAGGCUUUGCCAAUCCAAAUGAUGCUAUAUCCAACACAACACAGAGUGGCUUGCAUAAUGCCUUACACAUUUACAUGAAUGGUUCAAUGUCCAGAGUUGGUGGAUCAGCAAACGACCCAGUCUUUAUCCUUCAUCAUGCUUUUGUUGAUAGCAUAUAUGAACAAUGGUUACGGAGACACAUGCCUCUUCAGACAAUCUUUCCAGCAACUAACACACCAAUAGGCCACAACCGUGACUAUUACAUGGUGCCUUUCAUUCCAAUCUACAGAAAUAUUGACUUUUUUAUUUCAACAAGAGAGCUUGGAUAUGAUUAUGAUUAUUUGGUUGAAUCAGUAUCACCUACAAUUCAGGAAAUUCUCGCCCCCUAUCUACAGGAAGCCAAGCAGAUCUGGCCUUGGUUGCUAAGUGCUGCAGUUGUUGGCUGCUUGGUGACAGCACCAUUUAAUUAUAUUAUUACACAGGCAUGUCAGAAGAGGAAGAAACAAGACUCCACUUUUGAAGAGAAGCAGCCUCUGCUCAAUGAACAUGAUGAGUACCAAGGUGUAACCUACCAAACAGCUAUGUGA